AUGCCCACCAGCCACAUUGUGAAGUUGCUGGAUGUGUGUGCUGACUUGACCAGAGGUGCAAAAGAAAAGAACCUGAAAGUAAAAAGACCGGUGCACAUGCACUCCUGGACACUGAGAAUCACUACAAGAAAAAUACCUUGUGGUGAAAGUUCCAAGAUGUGGGAUCAUUUCCAAACAAAAAUCCACAAGUGGCUCAUUGACUUACCCAGUCCUUCCGAGAUUGUUAAACAAAGUACUUCCAUUAGUAUUGAGCCAUGA